AUGCUGGGCACCGCGGUCCUGCUGCUGGCCCUGCUCCCAGGGACGCCCACCGUGCCCAGCGGGCCGCCUGCGCCCCCCUUCCCAGGGGCGCCCGGUCCGCGGCUGCGCCGACCCCUUUUCCACCUAGAGCUGGCGGACGCCCAGGACGCGUUCCGGCGCCGCGCGGGGCCGCUGGAGGUGCCCGCGGACAGCCGCGUGUUCGUGCAGGCGGCCCUGGCCCGGUCCUCGCCGCGCUGGAGCCUGGCCCUGCACCGCUGCUGGGUGACGCCCUCCUCGCGCCCGGCCCCGGGACCCACCCUGGCGCUCCUGCGAGGGGGCUGCCCCGCCGACUCCUCCGUCACCUUCCCGCCGCCACGCCCUGGGGCCGCCCGCUUCAGCUUCCGCCUGCACCCGGUCUUCAACGCCUCCGUGCAGUUCCUGCACUGCCAGCUGAGCCGCUGCCGCCUGCGGGGCGCCCGCCGCGCUCCCGCGCCUCCGACGCCGCCGCCCCAGCCUCCGUGUCUGCCUCAGGAUGAGGGGUGCGCCGGCGGCGGCAGCGGCGGGAGCCUGGGUGCCAGUGGCCCCCUCCUGCACACCCUGACGCAGCCCAUCGUGGUCACGGUGCCGCGGCCGCCCCUCAGGCCACCCAAGGGCGCGCCCGGCAGAGCCGUCCGCCCCGAGCCUCCUGCGCCGGCCCCGGGGGCCCUGGAGCCCGCCCCGCUGGUGGCACUGGUGGCGGCCGCCUUCUUGUUGGGCGCCGCGCUGGUCGCCGGGCUCGGCCUCGCGUGCGCGCAUUCAGCGCCCCCACCUCCCAGCCCACCCCCUAGAGCCUCGCCUAGCAACCCCCAGCCCAGAAGACCCCAGUAA